AUAGCUCCGGGUUGCUGUCGAAUCGACCGUUUCAUUUGCGCAGCUGCAUAUCCCACUUUUUUAAAACUGACUGAGCUGUAGCAUCAACACAAGAGUACCAGCUCCUUUACCGCAUCCUCACCGACACUGGCUCUGUCCCACGGCUGCUGCUGCGGGUCUGGAUCCCUGAGCAAAGCAGCGACGCGAGGAGAACGAGAUUGGAGGGGACGCACAAAGACGCAAUGGUAGAGGGAUAGAGGGGGAUUCUAGUCGUGGAGACAAGGGAAGGAAGGCAAGGGGGAAAAGGGCGAGUUGCAGCAGCCAUCGCCGUCCUCAGAGCUGCGCAGCGGUCGUGGAGGUUGGUCAUGGUCGGACGGGGACUAUGUACCGGGGUAUGUAAACCCCGGUUUGGGAAGCGGGGGAGCCGGCCUGGGCUUUUGCCAUUUCUUUGCGCGGCGAUGGCGUGCGCAGCGCUGUUGGCUCUGCUCUUUGUGGACCUCAUCGAGUCAUGGGUCACCUCGAUGAGCAUGAACACGGUGGUGGAGCCGCAUGCCGGCAUCAUCCCCCCACAGAGCGUCCCUCCCACCAGACCCGAGGAGUUCCUGCUCAUGCCCAGCCCGCUCGUGUGCCAGCGUGCCAAGCCUUACCUCAUCACCAUGGUUACCACGGCUCCUGCCAAUCAGAGGGCCCGCCAAGCCAUCAGGGACACCUGGGGAGGGGAAGUGGAGGUGAGGGGCCUGCGGGUCAUGACCCUCUUCAUGGUGGGUGUGACGUCUGACCCGGGACUGGCCAAACUGCUGAUAGAGGAGGCCCGGGAGCGAGGAGAUCUGAUUCAAGGGCGUUUUUUGGACACCUACUCCAACCUCACCCUGAAGACCCUGUCCAUGCUGGGCUGGGCCCGUCGGUUCUGCCCUCAUGCUCACUUCAUGGCCAAAGUAGAUGAUGAUGUCCUGUUCAAUCCCAGUGCCCUCCUGCACUUUCUGAACAAGAGCCGUAACCCCUAUGAACAAGGAGACUUGUACCUUGGUCGGGUGCAUCUACAUGUGGCUCCGGACCGUGACCCGGAUAGUAAGCACUACCUCCCUGCAGGGGCCUACCCUCCCUCUGUCUUUCCAGACUAUUGCAGUGGUACGGCCUAUGUUCUGUCCCGCUCUGCACUGCUCAAAAUUUCCCUGGCAGCCUCUGCUUCACCUUUAUCCACACCUCUGCCCCCAGAGGAUGUGUUUGUAGGUCUGUGUGCUCGGGCAGCUGGGGUGCUGCCCUCACACUGUCCUCUCUUCUCUGGUGGUCCAGGUGUUCCCUAUGGGCGCUGCUGCUAUCAGGCCAUGGUGUCCAUCCACCACAUCACUCCCAGGGAGAUGCUGCACUUCUGGGCUGACGUUCAUUCGUCUCAUCCCUGCUCAUGGCUGAGUCUGCGUGCUUCUCUGGGGAUGUGCAAAGUCAGGGCGAUGCUUGGGUCAGCUCUGGGGCUGGAACAGGGGUUGUGAGGGUUGCUGAAAACUGGAAUCAGUGAGGCUGUGCCUCGCUUCAAUACUGUGAACAGCACAAGUGCUCUUCAGAUUGUGAAGCUACACUGUGUGCACUGAAAAAAUGUCAGUUUAUUUUUAUAGCUUUAUUUUUUUAAACACUACAAUGCAUUUUACUGGCUUUUUUUGCAGAAAAGGGGACGAGCAGCUGGUAGUUUGAAGAACUGUCACAGUAAUCUUUAGCCUAUCUUUAGACUGUUACAGCAUCCUGCAUUAUUACACUGACACAUACUGUAGAUGUAGAACAAACAACACAGGCAUGCUGAUAGAAUAUGGCGAGGAAUUACAGUCGCUUAUUUGAUGAAUGCACAUCGGAACAAGUACUUCUAUUAAUACGUUACGUCGACAUCUAUAAGCUGCUACUGUUAUAUAUGUAGUAUAUCACCAGGUACUUAAAUUCUAGAUGUUAGUCUAAGAUGCUUAAAUGCAUGUAUCCAAAAAACAAUAAAAUAGAUAGCAAAUCACGAGCUGCAUAUACCCGGUAGGAAGGAAGUAAUAAUUAAUCAAAACUUGUUGUGUUUAAAAAUAAUCACCUCGGUACAUGAAAGGAAUUCAUGUUGUUAUUCAAUAAUAAAGACAUGAUUAUAUGUGCAAUGACAGGGCAUGAAUUGUUCUGUUGGAGACAGUGAGAUGUAUUUGACCGGCUGUGGGAACAGACAGCAGGUGAAGUUCUUUCUUUGACAGCUCAGUAAAUCUGCUGCCUCAGAUCACUGAAAAUAUGACUGUGAAGGUGAUGUGAUACACAGUGCCACUGAACAGUAGUAUUUCUAACUUUUGUCUGUAAACAUUAAGUUGAGUGUGAAUGGCUGUUUUGCACUGAUGUAUCUGGACUGGGUUUAGUCUCUGCUCAACCAAUAUUGAAGGAUUCUAUUUUAAUAGACAGUUUACCAUCUGUCAGAGGUAAAGCGUCAGGCUGUCCCGCUCCUAUCACCAUGUAAAGAAAGUAGUCGGUGUGUUUACACUCAGGAAAUAUGUGUGUGAAUCAAAUACCACCACCAAUAAAAAAAAACCCUAUGUAUCUUAA